AAAACAUAUUAAUGCAUUUAAAUCUCCUAGAAUAUAUUUCCGAAAAUCAACUAAAAGCAAAGUAGCAUCAACAAAAGCUGUAAGUUAACAACUCAUCACUUAAUAGUCAACUAAAUACGUUUCUCAAGUAAAUCCUUCUUGCUGGGGAGGGGAAAAAAACAUUGAGUAUUAUUAUCAAAGUAAUCUAGAUUAGUGUCAAAUUAUUUAUGAUCUUAAGUGAAAAGGCUUGGGAUUGUUGACUAAAGAAAUGGAAAGAGAGAUAGAUGAAAUGUAAUUGCGAAUUAUCGAUUGAGACAAUUAGAGGAACGAGUAGGUAGAAAUGUGAUUGAUAUAUUUAUAAGAAUAUAAUAUGAAAUUAGCUAUUUAGUAAUUAAAUUAUUGAUAUAUUGUAUGAAGAAAUUUUCAAAUAUUUAUUUAUUUAUUGAAUGAAGAAGCGAGUGAAAGAUGAGAUGGGUAAAAGUGAGAUAGAAAGAUUAAAGUAAUAAGAUCGCUUCAGAAAUUUAUAAAUAAUUUAAAAAAAUAAUAAUUAAUUGAUUUUAAACGCAAAUAAAAUCAAAGAAAAAGAAAAAAAAUAAGCAAAGUAAAAGAGAUUCUGAUAGAAACAGAUUAUCGACUAAAAUAUUAAAUAACAACACAUUCAUUUACUGAUAAAAUAGUAUCAUCUCCAAUCCUCUAAAACCAAUUAAUUUGUGAACAACAUAGACUCUAAUCAAACUCUCCUUGUGACAUAUCCAAAAUAGAAAGCUAAAAAUCCCUCUUUAAAACACCUUAAUUGAAUCCUAAAGUAGCAAACAAGUAUGAUAAAUCAUAAUUUAAGCUAAAUACAGUAGCUUUAUAACCUGCAACAGUAACAAGCAGGAGCGGGGGGUGGUCAGACAGUAGGAGGCUUGAGCUCAUAUUUGCAAUACCCCAACGCCAUGUAAACAAUAAAUAAUCCCUCUCAAUAAUUUAAAUUUGAAUUUAAUGUGACAAAUAUCACGAGCUAAAAUCCUUCUUAACCAUAGACUUAACUCGCUGCAAACAUCAAUACUUCCAUUCCCUAUACUGCAAGUACUACAAUGUUCAAUAUGCCUACAUUCUCAUAGAGUUAUGUUGAUCCCUCUUCAAUGUUCACUUAAAUGCAAAUGCCUUCAUAAUACUUAGUUACUCCUAUGAAUGUCUCUUUACCACUAUAAUAACAAUAAUAAUAGCUCCAGUAACAAUAAUUAUUUUAGUAGUAAUACCAAAAUUCUUUGGCCACACCUAAUGGAAUUACAGCUGUGAAUCCCAGUUCCACUUUAUAAUAUUCAGGUAUAUCACCUGCAACAACUUAGUAUAUGAAUGCUUAUGGGUUCAAUUUACCUGCAUCACAAACUGCUUAAUUGUAAUUACUAAACCAAUAAAAUUAAUAAGCAUAGCAAUAGCAGUAAGCUUAGCAACAAUAAACACAAGCUUUCAACUAACUAUUUAAUAAACAGUAGUAGUAAAUGAGUUAAUUUGGUAUGACUCAAGCUACACCUGCUGCCUAAUCUUAAAUGAAUGGAUUUCCUUAUGCAAACAAUGGAUAAACUUCAAAUGCAUCUCAACUUCUAAUGCAAAAUCCAACCCAAUUAAAUUAAGUUAAUUUUAGUUAAAUAAAUGGAAAUAAUUUAAUUACUGAUCAAUAUAAUAUGACUUAAGGCUUGAACUCUCUUUAAAAUAACAACAACAAUAACAAUAAUAACAUUAUGACAUAGCUUGGAAUCAACAACUAAUAAAUUUAAGCCACGCCUUAAAUGUUAACCAAUGCCUAAACAGCAGCAGCUAUGGUAAACUACUAAAACCGCUUGCAACAAAUAGAGUAAAAUAAUAACUUGAAUAUGAUUUAAUAGGAUUUAAAAUAAAAUUUGAUGAAUGCUAAUCUUCAAGCUAAGCAAAUUUCUAAUGACAGUUCUAGUAACCCUUAAGCAAUACUCUAAUAACAAUAAUAGUUUUAAUAACAUAUUUAACUCUAACGUUAGUAACUGCUUAAUUAAAACGUUGUUGAUGUUAGCAGUGAAGAUAACCAAUGUUCAAAUUAAUUAAACAUCACACCUAAUAAUGUAAAUCAAUAAAAGAAUAAUGAAGCAACUUUCAAUAGACUACUUAAAAAUCAGAAAAAAGAAAAUGUAAACGCAGCAGAUUCUGCAAAUAUCUAAGAAAAUAAUUUUAAAGCUAACCGCUCUUAACCUAACGAAAUAGUGAUAGAUGAUGAGUCAAAUCAUAUGACAGAUGAAAAUAUGCAAAAAUAGUAGGAUUACUUCAAACAACUGAUUACUGAAUAGGCAUAAUAAUAAAGAAUCCAACAAUCUAACUCUAAGAAACAAAACUUAAUUGAGUUAAAAAUUAGAAAAAAUGAUUUGCAAAAUUUGAAUAGUAAUUCAAAUAGUUAGUAAUUUACCUAAUCUAACAGUAAAUAGCUAAGCUAGUUCAACAACAAAAAUAAAUCUACUAACAGCAGUAAAUAUAAUCCAAUGAGAGUAGAAAGAGAAAACUCUAGUUAAAGCAGUUAAAAUAUUUCUUUACUGAAAUAAUCUAAGAGAAUUUCUAAAGAAAAGUAAACUUCAUCAAAUAAUCUAGAAAAUAACUUAACAAAAAAUAGCAUCAAUACAACAAAUACCAAUAAUAUCACCUAAUUGAAGCUUGUUCCUGUUAAAUAAUCAGAAUUUUUAGAAUAGGAAACUCUUAAAAAUAAAGCUAUCAAGCAGUAAUACGAGCUUUUCAGAUAGGAAUCUUCUUAGUCUCAAGGAAGAAGUACAAAUAACACAUACCAAAAUGGCAACCACGUGUAAUCAUAAUACUCAAAGCUUUCUAAAAAAGACUAAAAUUUAGAUGAGGAAUACAGUGAUGAGAUUAGAAACCAAAAGAUGGUCAGACAAUCAAAAAGAAUUUAAGAUAAAUCAAAGAAUGAUGAUAGCAAUGGUAACUCUAACCAAGAAAUGAUCUUAAAUAAUUCUCCUUAAACCACUCCUUAGGUUAAUAUGUCUUCUUAAAAUUAACAAUCAUCAAAUCAGCAAUAGAGCUCGAAAGAAGGAACAAGCAACUAGCUAGAUGAAAAGAAAUCUAACAAGACUAAAAAAGAAAUUCCUUUACCUUUAAUUUGCAAGAAGUGCUCCAACAAGUGCACAAAAGGGUAAUUCCUAAGUGAGAAACAAAUAUGCAGAAAAUGCGAUGCAAUUUUGGCACGUGAGAAGAAGGAAGCUCAAGCACCACCUAAAGCUUUUAAUGUUAACGAUUUCUGGGCUUUGAAGCUACAAAAAAAUAAAAUAUCAAUUGGUCAUCAGUACUAAGCUGAUGUUCCUCCUUAUUAACUUCAUGAAACAACUUAUAGAGAAUUAAACAAAGAUAUGCUAAUAAACAGAACUGAACAUUUCUAAACUAUCAUGAACAACAGAGUUUACCAAGGAUCUAUUGACAGUCCUAAGUACACCAUAAUUUAUGAAAAAAUUUGCAAGCAAAUUGACAAAUUCACUUUUUCUGACAUGAAUAUGCUCUUGCAGAGAUACAGUUUUAAUUUGGAUGAAGUUCUAGAUAAAUUAAAUAUGAAAGACGAAAAUCUUGCCGAAAUCAUUAGAUAAUUAUCUAAUUACAAGAGCAACACAAGAAUGACUAGACAAUAAAUGCAGAAAAAAUUCUAAUAUUGAUUAUAAUAGAAAUAAUUCUUUAAAUAUGAAAUAAAUAAAUAAACAAACAAAUAAACCAAACACACUUCAGAAAAACAAAACCUUUUUUAAUUUGAUAGAAUUUAAUCACAAAUCUUAGUUAAAUGAGAAGGGAAUAAAAAUAAAACAAAUUGUAAAAUAUUAAUUUCAAAUUUAUAUUAAAUAACCAAAUAACUUCAUAAUUCCAAUUUAUUUAUUUAUACAUAAAUAAAUAAAUUGGCUAAAGAAUUUACUCAAAGAUAAUAAAUACAUUAAAAUAUAAAAACAUAUUUUCCUAACUUUUUUGUAUCUAAUACAAACAACAAAACAAAAAAAUAAAUAAAUAAAAUAUAAAACUUCCAAUCAUUCUAUAAAUGAGACCACAAUCAUUUUAAUCUUAUUAAAUUAACUUUAAACGUAUUUAUUUAUAUUCAUCAUAAUCAUAUAUCAUUAGUAACUUAAUCAAAAUAUUUUGUACUUCACUUCUAAUA